UAUAAGAGGCUGCGCUCGCGCCCCACGCGGAACCCGCGGCUCAGACCCGUUCCUGGCGUCCCGACCGGCGUUGGACCCGAGGCCGGUGCGGCCGCGGCGCAGCUGACGCCAGCUCAGGGCCUGGGACAGACGAACGCCCCGGGGCCCCCACCCCUCCGCGGGCACCAUGGGCGCUGCCCACUCCGCGUCCGAGGAGGUGCGGGAGCUGGAGGGCAAAACCGGCUUCUCAUCAGACCAGAUUGAGCAGCUCCACCGGAGGUUUAAGCAGCUGAGCGGAGACCAGCCCACCAUCCGGAAGGAGAACUUCAACAAUGUCCCUGACCUGGAGCUCAACCCAAUCCGGUCCAAAAUCGUCCGUGCCUUCUUCGACAACAGGAACCUGCGCAAGGGAUCCAGUGGCCUGGCUGACGAGAUCAACUUCGAGGACUUUCUGACCAUCAUGUCCUACUUCCGGCCCAUUGACACCACCAUGGAUGAGGAGCAGGUGCAGCUGUGCCGGAAAGAGAAGCUGAGAUUUCUGUUCCACAUGUACGACUCGGACAGCGACGGCCGCAUCACCCUGGAAGAGUAUCGAAAUGUGGUAGAGGAGCUGCUGUCGGGGAACCCGCACAUUGAGAAGGAGUCGGCGCGCUCCAUCGCCGACGGCGCCAUGAUGGAGGCGGCCAGCGUCUGCGUGGGGCAGAUGGAGCCUGAUCAGGUGUAUGAGGGGAUAACCUUCGAUGACUUCCUAAAGAUCUGGCAGGGCAUCGACAUCGAGACCAAGAUGCACGUCCGCUUCCUUAACAUGGAGACCAUCGCCCUGUGCCACUGACCGCCCGCCCCCACGGAGCGUCUGCACUGGGACCUGGGCUGCACGGGGGGCCCGAUUGCUGCAGCCCUUAUUGUAAAUAGCCGACACGCCUCGCUCGUCUCCUUUUCCUGCAGGGUAUGGUGUGUGGGACUUUGCUGUUUUUAUCUCUAAUAAAAAAGGAAAAGGGUUUGGUAAUGA